AUGCCUGACAAUACCGAUCAUGUCGUUGACGUCGCCGACGAUGGCUUUGAGGUUGAGAGCGCGCUCUUACCGUUUGAUAGCGACCAGAUAUCAAAUCUACGACCCUCUGACUCAGCUUCGCAAGUAUCUAAGGUUACUUCUACGAGCACUACUUCCUCCUCCUCUUCUAAGCGUAAGCGUACGCUUCGGUCGGAUGUCUGGGUAUAUUGUAGAGAGGGUAGGGAGGAGGACGGCGAAUUAAUUCAGCAUAAGACAGGUCGCUAUUACUACUGUAAGCUCUGCUCAGCGGGGUAUACUAACUCAGAAGCUGCUUGGAGCCAUCUGAAGUCAGCGUAUGGUAUUGUGAAGCCGGAGGAAGCGUCCAAGAGAGCAACCACGGCUGCUAAUAGCCCUUUAAAGCGAAGUUUUGCAGCUACGGCUUUAAAGAUGGCUGCUCAGAAGGAGCGAGUGGCCCAGGCGACAAUGGGCGAUAUUAUUAACCAAGAGCGUUUUAAUGAAGCCUUGGUGCGGUUGAUUGUAAUGCGUAAUCUACCUAUCAGCGCCGUUGAAUGGCCAGAGUUGGAAGAUCUGCUUAAAGCUACAAACCCAGCCGUAGACGGUCAGGUACUUCAAUCGCGCGGAACUCUUCCAAAGCUUAUAGAGAAGUCAUUUGAUACUCACCGCCAGAUCCUCAAGACAAAGCUACAACGCUGCCCCUAUAAGAUCCACCUUGCUGUUGAUUGUUGGUCGUCGCCAAACCGCAAAAGCCUUAUGGCUAUCUGUGCGCAGUUUGUUGAUGAUGGAAAACUCCAGAAGGCGUUGAUCGCACUGCCUGAGUUACAAUCUCAUACUGGCAAAGAGACAGCCAGCGCUAUUAUUCGAACUCUUAACUCUUAUGAGAUCUUACACCUACUAGGCUAUAUUGUCAGCGAUAAUGCCUCCGGAAAUGAUAAGAUGAUGAGGUUUGUGGAAGAAUCAAGAGGCGGAGCUUAUAAGGCAGAACACUAUCGAAUAUGGUGCUUUGGCCAUAUUCUUAACCUCGCUGCUCAAGCCUUCCUUUUUGCAAAGGACAAGUCGGCAGUUAAAUGUCGGACUCAGAGAACUGGCCGCUGUCAUGUCCUUGCCUCUUUACCUCAUCCUCAUCUGGAAGCCCAAUCAGCUGCGGUCGAUCUUGACUCGCAUGAUGCGAGUCGCAUCUACCUUCCGUGGUUAGCGCAAACAAACUACUGCGAGCACAGCGGAAGGAUAUCUUCUCCAGGACCCUCCGAACCUUUAAAGACGCCGAGUUGGGAUAUUGCGGGAGUCGGUGACACAAUCUCCCCUGCACGACGUCGUGAACGGUGGUCGCGUUGA